ACCCCCGCAUAUACACCGGGACCGAGUGCUUAAUUUUUCCUUAAAUGCAAUUACCGUGACACGUUAGCAAAGUUGAAGCUCAUAAUUUACGUGCUGUGUUUGGCCGUUGAAGAAUAAAUAUUGCAAACCAUUCUCACAUCCCUGACCAAUAUUCCCUUAACCCUUCAAAAUUUGGGAGGGCUUUCUGGAACACGAAAAACUUCCAUCAUGAUUCUUCGUCGGCUUGCUGUUGUGUUUCAUCAGUCAAGAAGGUUGUAUAGUAGUAACAUUAGCCAUGACCUUGCAAGCAGAAUUGCGGAGCUCAAUAAGGAAAUGGAAACGGUCUUUGGUGAACCUCCUCCAAAUGGAUUUGCUGGUUCUGUAAGUAACGAUUUCAUGGCUCAAGAAUCGCAGACAUCUUCAAAAAUAGGAGGAAGCACUCCUGUCCUGACCCAUGUUGGCAGUACAGGAGCAGCACAAAUGGUGGAUGUUUCUCUUAAAGAAAAUAGUAAAAGAACCGCCAUUGCUAGUAGCAAGGUAAUUUUGGGGAAGAAGGUAUUUGAUUUGGUCUUAGCCAACCAAUUGGCCAAGGGAGAUGUCCUUAGUGUCGCCAAAAUUGCUGGCAUUAAUGGAGCAAAGCACACCAGCUCUCUCAUUCCCCUCUGCCAUAAUAUCACCCUGACUCAUGUUCGUGUUAAUCUCACUCUGAAUGAUAAAGAUUUUAGUGUUGAUAUAGAAGGGGAAGCAGUGUCAACGGGAAAAACUGGGGUUGAAAUAGAAGCACUGACUGCUGUGACCGUGGCUGGCCUAACUGUUUAUGAUAUGUGCAAGGCUGCUUCAAAAGAUGUCCAGAUCACAGAUGUACGGCUUGAAAGUAAAAGUGGUGGGAAAAGUGGAGAUUGGUAUAGAGAGAAAUAAUGAUGCCUUCGUUGGAUAUUCAUGCUUUUAUGGGCUUUGAAUAUCAAAUAAGAGUAAGACUAACUGGUCUAUUCUUGAUGGAAUUUAAUGGCUGAAUCUACUUUUGGGUUUAGUCUUUAUAACCAUGAAGUAAGAGUCAUUACCGAAAAUGAACAAAAAACUGUAUUGAUCUCACACAUACUUCAGGAUGAACUGUUUACAUCCAAUUUGCGUCUCUGUUUUACUUCUUUUUGCGCAUUCAUUGUAUAAGUGCACAAUGUAUUAGAAAGUGUAUGGACCUUGGAGUAUGGAGUUUCAGAUCUUCGGAUUGUUUUGUUAAA